AUGUUCCAGGGGCCCGAGAGCGAAGGCAGCCGGGCCGGUUCCAGGGCCAUGAACUCCCUGGGAGGAGACUCGGGCAGCCUUUCUGGCACUUCAGAAGAAGCUGCCUCCUCUAGCAGGCCUAACAGGAUGGCAUCUAAUAUCUUUGGACCAAGCGAAGAGCCACAGAACAUACCCAAGAGGACAAACCCCCCAGGUGGGAAAGGAAGCGGCAUCUUUGAAGAGUCAACGCCCGUGCAGACCCGGCAGCGUCUGAACCCACCUGGUGGGAAGACCAGCGACAUUUUCGGGUCCCCGGUCACUUCUGCUUCACCCGUGGCUCACCCGAACAAGCCCAAGGACCACGUUUUGUUACGUGAAGGAGACGAUCCGAAGCCGGACCUUCCAGCUGCAGCGAGCACCCUCUCAAGAGAGGGCCUGAGUGAGAAGGGCAGCACAAGAGACGUGGACCCCACGAAGGGUCCGGAGCCCACGGCCAAGGUUGACAGCCACGAGCCACGGUUGGGGCCACGGCCGCGGUCCCACAACAAAGUCCUGAACCCUCCUGGAGGCAAGUCCAGCAUCUCCUUCUACUAA